AUGGACAACAUAAUUCAAGAUGAAUUGCAAUUAUUAUAUGAAAUGUUUCCCGGUGAAUUCAAAGUUGACUUUGAUUCAAAUCAAUAUACAGUCUCUUUUGUAGUAACUCCUGGAGUAGGAUUUAAUAAUCCCGUAAACAAGUUUAUAAAAUUUAACCUGAACUUGAAUGUUACUUUGAAGUAUCCGAUAGAGUCACCUACAGUCUCUGUAGAAUGUGUUCAUGGUCUGAAAGAAAAGGAUAUUGCAAAAUUAUUAUCCCUUCUAAGAGAUUUAACUUUGGAACGAAACGGCGAUCCAGUUAUUUUUGAUCUUGUGGAUUUUUGUCGUGAAUUUACUUCAUCCAACAUCCCAACUGUUGAGUGUGCAAUAUGCUUGAAUUGCUUCCAAAAUGAAAGUGAUGUCUAUUGUACAACAAAUUUUCAUUAUUUUCAUACAUACUGUAUUGGUGAGUAUAUGAAUCGUAGACGAGUAGAAUAUGAAGAGGAAAUAAGCGAAUUAAAAGCCAAGGGCCCAUACACUGAAUUUCCACCACUUGAAAUACCGUGUCCAUUGUGUCGUGCUGAAUUCCUACCAUUCAGUGAAGAUCUUGUUAAUCUAGGACAUUCACAGAAAAAUACCGAAAGCAGUGAUAGUUCAAAGUUGGGAUAG